AUGUCCGCUCCACUCACUGGCCAGCCUUCGACCCCGCCGGAGGGUGAGGCACACGAGGAGGCGCAGCUGGUUCCGCUCGCCGAGUGCUUCGAGCACGGACAGUCGGAGCGCGUCAAGAAGCUCCUCUCAGAAGACGGCCUGCAGCAACUCAAGGAGAAGCUAUACGAGAUGAAGGCGAAGAAGGUGGUCGACCACAACGAGGCGAGCAGCGUGUUCGCGAUCAUCCUCGACAUCCUGGAGGGCAAGUACAAGCUGCCCGACUUUCAGCGCUGCUGGCAGUGGCCAGCGACGAACGUCAUCAAGCUCUUCAACACCAUCAUCGAGGGCGGCAUCCUGCCGGAGCUAUGGGUGUGGAGGCCCGACUUGUCCGAGGCGCUCGAUGGCGGCGCAGUGUGCCGCGCGCUGCCCGUCUUCAUGACCAGCAAGGACGCGUGCGCGCCCCACUAUUGUGACGAGCACGACCUCAUGGUGCUUGACGGCCAGCAGCGCCUGUGCGCGCUUGCCUAUCUCGUUCUGUACGAUGGCGCGAUUCCCUUCGAGCAGCCCACGGCGGGCAAAGGCCCCAUCAAGUUCAAGCCGACGCUGAUCGCCUACCACCCGACCGGCGACCCGCGCCAGGUCAACAAUCUCAAGUUCAACAAGCAGAAGGUGAAGAACGGGCAGCAGACCGAGCGAGAGAUGUUCCCAAACAUCCUUAAGGGCCUCAACAUCGCCGCUGCAAAGGGCCCAGGGCCCGUGACGAAGCCGAUCCUCAAGAUCGAUGUCGCCUCGCAACUCGCCGACGACGACAAGCAAGAGUGA